GUUGGCGUAUAGAGUUUAAAUCGUUUAUUAAAUUUUAGCCAACAUUUUAAUGGAGAAUAAGCAUCUCGUUUCUUCUUGUCGUAUUUGCAAUGGGCUACCGACGGUUCCCCUGUCUGGUAUUGACGAACAAAAUGGAAAAAGUCUAUAUGAGCUGUUGUCUGAUUUUGCGAAUGUUCCGGUCGAAAUAAAUGAUGGAAAACCAUCACACAUUUGCAAUGAAUGUUCUGAAAAGCUGCAAUCUAGCAUAGCAUUUCGAACGCAAAUUCAAGAAGCAGAAAAAGUGUUACAGUCGAUUGUGAGGAACCUACUUGAAUCGCCGACAACCAACGACAUUAAAAUUGAGACGGCUGACGAGGAUAAUUUUGUAUAUGAAUAUUUGGAAGAGGAUACAGCGGUUGAUUCGAAUAAAAUUGACGAUGACGGAAGUUCUAACAGCAGUAAAAGCUUAUCAGUUCCUUCAACCCACAUAAAUGAGGCACCCCAACAUUUACGCCAUGUGAAAGGUGAAUCUCAACAACCCGAAUACUCGCUGGAAGCGAUAGACGAUACGGUGGAGGAGGUAGAAAAUAGGUUCUCCUUUCAGGUACCCUCUGAGAACAGAAUUGCUCAGAGGUUGAAUUUCGUUGAUUUCGAGUAUUUUGAAAUUAAUGGAGAACGAUGCUGUGGGUGUAGUUUCAUUGCUGCGAGCAGAGAUGAUUUGAUGAAACAUUCAAAAGCGACGCAUGCACAUAACUACUAUCCGGACAGCAGUUACACCUGUCCUACAUGCUACCAGAAGUACCCAACGCAAGAUCAAUUAUCCAAGCACAUCGAUUUCUACUCGUGCAGUGAUAUUUUUCUUUGCACAAUUUGUGAUGAGCCGUUUGUUCAAAAGAACCAUCUGGAGAAGCAUCAAGCAAAUAGCCUUGAACACCGAUUAAGGUCGGAAAAGUUUGUAAGCGAAAAGGAAACGCCAACAGGGGUUGCUCAGAAGAAUCAUCUCAAUAAGGCAGCUGUUAGCUUUACGACUCGUAAAAGAUCACGUGCGAGUGUGACACAGAAAUCGGCCACAACAAAUUUUUGUUGUUUCGUACGAUGUUGGGAAAGUUUUGAGAAUCAUGAAAAACUAAUGGCACAUGUGCAUCAAGUCCACGACGGCAAACGGCGAGAAAACGAACUAUCUUGUUUGCAAGAUUCCUUUGAUACUGCGAAAUAUAUAUGUUCCAUUUGCCAGAGAACCUUCGAAAACAAUGCCAAGCUGAUGCAACACCAAUUCUACAAGCAAAAUCGUGAAGAGCACGUUUGCCAAGAAUGUGGUCAAAACUUUUACAAGCUACAUGCUCUGCGAGAUCACGAGCUAAAGGAACACAGCCAGCAGCCACCGGAAUAUGAGUGUGAUGUUUGUGGAAAGGCUUUUCGCAAGUCAUCGGUAUUGAAACAUCACCGUAAAAUCCACGUUCCCUUUGAAAAUGUUCCUUGCACUGAACCCGGCUGUAAGCUAAGUUUCCGAGAUGAAGCGUUGAUGAAGCGCCACUGCCGAAACGUCCAUGGAGAUGUUUUCCCCUGGGAGUGUCAGUUCUGUCCGAAAAAGUUGCGAACCAAAGAAGCGAUGGAUAUUCAUGUACGAGUACAUACGGGUGAAAAACCGUUUGCCUGUAGGGAAGGAUGCGAAAGACGAUUCGCUCAUGCCACAGAUCGGGCACGACAUGAACGAUCCAAACACACGGGAGAAAAACCGCACAAGUGUGACCAGUGUACGGCAGCGUAUGUCCGACGGCGCGAACUGGUGAUACACUUGAAAAAACAACACGGCAGCGAUAGAGGUUGAGGUAAGUUUGUGCAUUCGUUUUUAAAAUAUAGGCGAUUAUCUAAGAAAUGAAA